AUGACAAGCUACGACGACCGCACUCUGUACGUACCCCGACACAUUGGGAGAAAUGUGUUCCCAUGUCACCCAGCCUUUGCCAGACUGGUCAGGUUCGCCCACUUUUCACCGCCUAGGCUCUGCAUACGAGAUGACAACACGGGCAUUGAAGCAACGCAUCUUCAGCUGCUCACCGAUGUACUUGCCUUUCGUGAAAGAAUAUUAGAGAAUCUCAGCCAGGACGUCCAACGGGCACUGGACCAGCGCCAGGAGGUGUACAUCGCAAUCAUCAGUGCUGGAGGGUACGAGUUCGCAGUGUCGAUUCUUGCUGCCCUCGCUCUUGGAGUAGCGGUAGUCCCGAUGACAGUCGCUCUUCCACCAGAAGAGGCGCUGUAUUUCGCGACUAAAUCCAAGGCCGUGGCGGUGUUGGUAUCUGACGGUGCUCUUCGACUUGGUUUGUCUCUUGAGAAGCUAGUGAAGAACGAGAAUCCGCGAAGCACCUUUGUUUGCAUCCCCACGACACCAUCUUUGAGGAAUCCGCCGUUGCAUCCAUCUCAAAUCAUAGUAUCUUCCGACUUAUACCUCGAAGAUAGCGCUCCUGGUGUAGUUAUCUUCACGAGCGGGACCACCGGGCCUCCCAAAGGCGCUGUUAUGCGGAGGGCUUUCAUUCAUGAUGAGGCUCUCGCUGUCAUUGACCACUACAGGAUCACCCCAGAAGAUGUACUGCUUCACCUGCUCCCAGUGCACCACGCCACGGGCAUCGGCAUGAUGUUUUUCCCAUUUUUGAUGGCUGGUGCUACGCUUGAAUUUAAGAGUGGCGGCUUCGAUCCAGAAUGGACAUGGAACCGCUGGAAACAGGGAGGCAUCACGUUCUUCUCCGGAGUGCCGACCAUCUACAUGAGAAUGAUGCGAUGGUUCCAGAACCAGCAAAACACGCUGUCCCAAUCCGACGCGGAGGCGUAUCUUGACGGAGCUCGAAAGCUACGCGCUUGUCUCUGCGGGACUUCAGCUCUGCCAAAACCUGUAGCAGAUUGGUGGGCGCAAGCGCUUCGCAAGAAUAUCCUGUUGCGGUAUGGUGCCUCGGAGAUAGGAGCAGUGUUCAAAGUCCACUUGAACGAUGUCAAUCCUCCGGACGGCUCGGUUGGACCUGUGUUUCCUGGCUGUGACAUCCGUCUUUCCGAGGGCGAGCAAGGCGAAAUUCUUGUCAAGAGCCCCGGCAUGUUUUCCAAAUACCUGUACGAUCCAGAGGCGACCGCAGCGUCUCAUACCGAGGAUGGCUAUUACAAAACUGGUGACAUUGCUAGACGAGAGAACGGCUACUAUUGGAUCAUGGGCCGAGCCAGUGUGGACAUUAUCAAGAGUGGAGGCUACAAGAUCAGCGCUCUAGAUAUCGAGAGAGAAAUCCUAGCCUUGCCCUACGUCGCCGAGGCAAUGGUURUUGGCGUUCCGGACGAAGAAUUCGGCGAGCGUGUCGCUGCAGCGAUCRGCUUGAAAACCGAAAAAGACUCGUCCCCAGGCGAUCGCCAGUUCCUCCAGAAAGACCUUACUCUGGACAAAUUACGCCAGGACCUUCGCUCGCGCCUUGCCGGGUACAAGAUUCCAACAAUGCUUCGGGUGAUACCAGAAGAGCUGCCGAAGUCUGCCACUGGCAAGGUGGUGAAGAAGAUUCUCGGACCCCAGUUUUUCCCAGCAAAGACGGAUUUGCCUGAGGUGCAAAUUUGGCGCAAGUCCCAGUCCAAGCUAUGA